CGAUCCCUUCAUAUUCUCCUUACAACCCUCUAUCCUAUCUCUCCUUCAAUCAUUUCACUUGCCUCUCUGUCACCGCUCAGAUCAUUGAAGCUUGUUGUAUCAAAGCUUCAGAAUUCAGAAUGACCGUUCAAGACGCUCUUUCCACCGCUGCCACAAAGCUUCACAUCACCGAUCGGCAAGCUCCCCCUGCCGGCCUCAAGCUUCCUACCAAUGGUCAUGCCAAUGGUAAUGGACAUGUAUAUGGUCUGAAGGGAAACGGUAACGGUUCAAAUGGUAAUGGCUAUCACUCCAUCCCACAAGGUCUGCGAACCCCCAAGACUCCACAGGACGAAGCUGUCGCUUUCUUCUCUUCUACCGAAGCAGGUGGAGAGCCUGUCCAGGUGUGGGAGCUCGGACUUGAAGAUGAUGGUGGCCCAGGAGAGAACAAGUCGUAUAUUCGCUUGCCAGCACCCGUUCGACCAUACGUCCUGAGAUUGAGUCUGCAACCAGGAACAGCUUGCACCAGGAAUGGUGUAUUGAAGAGCGACUUUCCCAUCGAUGGCGGAGUUUUUGAUCGAAAGUCGUGGAGUGAGCGUAAGCUCCCAAGCGAUGUUAGCAAACCCAUCCAAGUCGAUUUACCUAUUUCCGCCCCAGGUGCAUUUUGCUACUAUAUCGAGCAUGAUGGUCCCACUCCUUCUUCCCCCCGCGUCCAAGGUCGUAAAGGUUACUUCAACGUCGACCCCAUCAUCACACUUCCAGCUCGUACCCCAUUCUUCCCCACCGACUCCUUGUCCCCCACCAGUCCCCUCAAUGACAAAACGUCCGGUACGAUACUUGAAAAAUCCACGACACUGACGAUUGAUGGACUGGUCAUCUUGUCUGUCUUGGCGAAAUGGAUGGGCCCGACUACCGAUUGGGAAAGACAUUUUGCCGAGGCUAGCCGAAGGGGAUACAACAUGCUUCACUGGGCACCAUUGCAGCAACGCGGUAGCUCCGGCAGUCCCUACAGUAUUCUAGAUCAGCUUCGCUUCGACGAUGUCAUUCGUGUAGACAAAAAGGCUCAGGACGGAGGAAUGAGGGAGAUUGAUGCUGCUUUGAAACUCGCCAAAGCGAAGUUUGGCCUUGGAGGUAUCACAGACGUUGUUCUGAAUCACACGGCGUUUGAUUCUCCGUGGCUGGAGCAGCACCCCGAAGCUGGCUACUCUCCCUACAACACCCCACAUCUCACUCCGGCAGUCGAGCUGGAGGAUGCCCUUCUCGAGCUCACCCAGAAAUUGCCCACCCUGGGCCUACCCACCACUCUUCGGUCCUCUGCCGAUCUUGACAUUCUCAUACCACACAUCCGUAGUGCGAUCAAUGACGUCCGUCUCUGGGAGUUUUAUGUCUUUGACGUUCAAGCUUCUGUCAGAGCAGUCGCUUCGGCGUUGGACUCGGGUGACAUCAAAUCGUGGAGUGGCCCCGAUGUCCACAACAAGUCUCUGGAUCAGCUUGCGGAAGUGGUCCGCUCAACUCCGGGUACAAUUGACAACUAUCGAGCAUUCUGCGCCAGAUUCUGCACGAGAAUACAAUCCGGUAUCGCCGCCGGUCUAGUUCGAGCCGCAUGGCCCCAGGACGAUUCCACGACGGCCGCGGCUAAGUGGGGUAAGGUACUGGACAUCCUUAAUGUCGACCUCUACGGGGAGUGCAAUGACGACGUGCAAGCAGCAACAGAUGGUAUCAUCGGACGCCUACGUUUCACCCGCUUGGAUGAUCAUGGUCCUAAGAUGGGUGGCUUCACCAAAAAAACACCCCUCGUCGAGCCAUAUUUCACCCGGUUACCUCGCAAUGCCAAUACUUCCAAACACCAUCCCUCAGCGCUCGCUCUGGCUAACAACGGCUGGAUGUGGGCAGCCGAUCCUCUCAAAAACUUCGCCGAAUACCCUUCCAAAGCUUACCUCAGGCGGGAGGUCAUUGUCUGGGGCGACUGUGUCAAGCUUCGCUAUGGCCGUAGCCGUGAUGACAACCCUUGGCUAUGGGAUCACAUGACCGCCUAUGCAGAGCUUCUGGCAGGCAUGUUUGACGGAUUCAGACUGGACAAUUGCCACUCCACCCCACUGCAUCUCGGCGUGGCCAUCAUCGAUGCUGGGAGAAGGGUGAAUCCCAACUUGUACAUCAUGGCGGAAUUGUUCACGGGAAGCCAGGAGAUGGAUCUGAAGUUUGUGCGGGAACUUGGCAUCAAUAGUCUGGUCAGGGAAGCAUACAACGGCCAUGAUGUGAAAGACUUUGCGGCGCUUCUAUAUCGUUAUGGAGUCGGCCAACCCAUCGGAUCAAUGGAUCAAGCGUGUCUUUCCAGCAACGAAGAGCUGGCUCCUCCUUUUGCUAAAGGCGCCGCUCGGCCAUGUGUGAUCAUGCCGCUCCACGGAUCAGUACCUCACGCUGUGUUCUACGAUGUUACACACGAUAACGAGUCCCCCCGCGACAAACGGACGGCUGAAGAUGCGCUUUCCACCGGAGCUCUAGUGACCUUCACCAAAGCCGCCCUGGGCAGUAACAAAGGUUUUGACGACCUAUAUCCUAAACUCUUAGACCUGGUCACUGAUAACCGAAAAUACGAAGUCUCCACUGCGGAGAAGGAAGCAGGGAUUGGAAAGGUCAAACGAGUGUUGAAUCACCUACACACAGAAAUGAUGGUUGGAGGCUAUACCGAGGGUCAUGUGCAUGAGGAGGGCCAGUAUAUAGUCAUGCACAGAGUACACCCGAUCACCCACAAAGGCUACAUGCUGGUAGCUCACACCGCUUUUAGAGGAUUCUCUGGAAGAGGGUGGAUCAAACCGAUCAAGCUGUCCCGCUCGAAAGUGAGCUUUAUCUGUGGUGCUUCCGUUAAAACCCACUACAACGAAUGGCAAGAUGACUCGAAAACGCACCGCGGGAUCCCCUCCACACUUGAAGAGAUCAAGGACGUCCAAAUACGAACUGGCAGGGAUGCGGACGGAGAUUACUCUGAGCUCAUUGUCCCUGACGUAUUCGAACCAGGGUCAAUUAUACUGUUCUCAACAGACGUGGACGAAAUGUCAACUGACCUAGAUAACAUCUGCAAUUCUGGGGCAGAUGAAGCUUUCGGAGAGCUGGAUCUUGUGGAUCUCAACACUGUUCUCCAUCGCGCCGAUGGGGAAGAGAGAGACGCAACAGGUGGAGAUGGCACAUACACCAUUCCCAAUUUCGGCUCCUUAGUCUAUUGCGGCCUGGAAGGAUGGAUGCAUCCCCUUCGACAAAUCACGGAGACGAACGAUCUUGGUCAUCCACUUUGUGAACAUCUGAGGCAAGGUACAUGGGCUUUCGACUAUAUCUUGAACCGCCUUGACAAACAAACAUCUGAUCUCCCACACUUGGUAAAACCCGCGGCUUGGCUCAAGAAGCGGUUCGACUUGAUCAAAGCCACAUGUCCAUCUUUCAUGCGCCCAAGGUACUUCGCGUUGGUCAUCUACCAAGCUUACAAGGCUGCACGACGUGCGGUCAUGGAGCAAAGCUCUGACUUUGUGUCUUCAGGACAUUCUCUCGUUCACGAUCUUGCCCUGUGCAGUGUUCAGAUGUACGGAUUGGUGAAAAGCGCAAGUAUCAGUCCUAGCAAGCCUGUGGCGUCUCUAGCUGCUGGAUUGCCCCAUUUCGCUUCUGGAUGGGCUAGAUGUUGGGGACGGGAUGUGUUCAUCUCUCUCCGUGGUUUGUUCUUGACCACCGGUAAUUUCUCCGCGGCAAGAGACCAUAUACUCGCUUUUGGCUCCACCCUCAAGCACGGUUUGAUCCCUAAUCUUCUGGACUCAACUCGAACUCCCAGAUACAACUGCCGAGAUGGCCCUUGGUGGUUCAUCCAAAAUAUCCAAGAUUAUACCAAGAUGUGUCCCAAUGGACUUUCUAUACUACAAGACAAAGUCAAGCGCCGGUUCCCCGCAGAUGACAGUUGGGUACCAUGGGAUCAUCCUCAGGCGUUCUCAUGGGAGAGUAGCGUAGCGGAAUUGGUGCAGGAAAUUGUCCAGAGGCAUGCUACUGGCAUCGAAUUUAGAGAGUACAACGCUGGUCCUAAUUUGGACAUGGACAUGCGAAAUGAAGGCUUUGAUCAGAAGAUUUGGGUCGAUUGGGAGACUGGGUUCAUCUUCGGCGGGAACAAAUUCAAUUGCGGGACCUGGAUGGACAAGAUGGGAUCCUCAGAAAAAGCAGGAAACAAAGGUUUACCUGCCACCCCUCGGGAUGGUUCACCAGUGGAGAUUACGGGACUGCUCAAAAGCACCCUGACAUGGCUGGAUAAGUUGUCACGGAAAGGAGAAUUCCCUUUCAAGGGUGUUACUGCCUCAGUGAGAGGAGAGCAGCGGUUAGUGACAUAUAAAGAAUGGGCCGACCUCAUCCAAACAUCCUUUGAAAGGUGUUACUAUGUUCCCUCUGACCCGGCCGAAGAUGCCAGUUUUGACAUCAAUCCGGGGAUGAUAAACCGUCGUGGGAUAUACAAAGAUGUGUAUGGGACUCCGAAGGAUCGCGAGUGGUCAGACUACCAACUCCGCCCCAACUUCACCCUCCCCAUGAUUGUCGCUCCCGAGCUAUUCACACCUUCUCGCGCUAUCACAGCUCUUCAAGUUGCCGACGCCGUCCUCAGAGGCCCGCUGGGUAUGAAGACGCUCGACCCUAGUGAUUCGCAAUACCGGCCGGACUAUGACAAUUCUAAUGAUUCCACCGAUCAGUCGAUUGCGAAAGGAUGGAAUUACCAUCAAGGACCAGAAUGGUUAUUCCCCACUGGAUGGUUCUUGCUCGCCUACUUGAAGUUUGAUAGAGUUGCUGGAGAUGGACAGAAGGACCCAUCGAGGACUUAUCACUUCAUCUCCAAUAUUCUUCUCAAGCACGCGGCUCAUAUCAAGUCUGACCCCUGGCGGGGUUUGCCCGAGCUGACCAAUUCGAAUGGUGCUUAUUGUCACGAUUCGUGCCGGACUCAAGCUUGGAGCGCCAGUACGAUCCUUGAUGUUCUCGAGGAGAUGCACAAGUCUUUGGCCAAGUGAAGGGAUUGAUGAAGAGACAUGUCAUGUAUGUUUUAUGUGGUAAUUGGCAAGUGAUGAUGAACACACGGCUCGGGAUGCAUGAUGAUGUCAAAGUUUUGAUCACUUAAGUGUGAUGAUAUCAUCAUAGCUGCCAUAAUUUGAAUUCCUGCUACAUAGUGCAUGAUCAAGAAGUAGAUGAAUGCUAUAUAUC